CUUAAAAAAUAAUAAUAAAUAAAAUAGAGAGCGCACAAACCAGGAAGAAAGACGGAUGACGCUGAUGAGAGUAAAAUAGGAACGUUUGAGACCAAGUCGAGUUUCCUAGGGGUGGCUUUCUUGAGGAAAGGAUGUGGCCACGCUGCAAGGCGAUCUAAUCUGAUGUCAGAGGAGGCUGCUCUCAGAAAGUACUCAUUGUUGAUGAGAAUCCAAAGACGUACAUUUCAGCGUUCCCCCCCCCCCAACCUAUAGUUCACAUAAUGAGUUUUUCACUUGUUGCAUAUGAUGAUUCUGAUUCUGAAGCAGAGACCGGGAGAUCCGGAGAUGUUAUUAGCAGUGAAAUCAAUCUAACAAAUUCUGCUGUGGAUGUUGUUCAGCCCAGUGAUGACUUAAAUAUUAUUUCUGAGAGAAAAGUCGAAUCUGUGGAAUACGUGGGCAGCUCCGAAAAGAACAUGUGUUAUGAGGAUACCUUUCAACAGCAUCUACAACCUAAUGAAAAGACUAUAAUAGAAGCAGUACCACAGAAAUUGUACCCUGCUACUUUGACAAAAACAAGGACUAAGUAUACCCAGCCAUUACAUCCUUUAUUGGAACCUAAAAUACCUUCUGGAAAUGCAUAUGCUCAGAAGAGGAUGCAUAAUGAUGGAGAUGUAACUAUUCAGAAACUGAGACCAUAUAUUUCAAAAAAACUGCAACAGGAAAAAAAGGAAUACCAAAAAGAAAGCGUACCUUCUUCAGCUAAAUUUAGUACAGCUGAAGAUAAAAUGUCAGUUAAAAUUUCUCAAUAUAUUAUGCCAUAUAUAGGAUCAAAAUAUGCAGUUACUGAAAUUCCAAAGAACUUGGUGUUUCACAUGGCUGAGCAUAGUGGACCAAUUAAUGCAGUUUGCUGGUGUCCUCUGCAGAGGUGGAGCCAUAUGUUGCUUUCUGCCUCUAUGGAUAAAACUGUCAAGGUUUGGGAUGCUGUGGAUGAAGGACGUUGUUUGAAAUCAUACUUUAACCAUACCGGUGCUGUCCGAGCUAUUCAGUGGUCUCCCUGUGGAAGAAAUGCACUGAGUGGAGGAUUUGAUUUUAUGCUUCAUUUAACAGAUAUUGAAACAGGAGCACAGCUUUUUAGCAGCAGGAAUGAAUUUCGAAUCAGCACCCUGACAUUUCAUCCUCUUGAUCCAAAUGUGUUUCUUUGUGGAGGAUUCAGUCCAGAAGUUAAAGCCUGGGAUAUAAGGUCUUCUAAGGUUAUAAAAGUCUACAAAGCCACAGUUCAACAAACCUUGGACAUCAUGUUUCUCCGUGAAGGAAAAGAAUUUUUUACCAGCACUGAUGCAGUAAGCCAAGAUUCAGCCGAUCGUACCAUCAUUGCCUGGGACUUUCAAACUGCUGCAAAGAUCUCCAAUCAAAUUUUUCAUGAACGUUUUACUUGCCCCAGUCUUUCAGUUCAUCCUAAAGAGCCUGCCUUUGUUGCUCAGACAAAUGGCAACUACAUGGCUUUAUUUUCCAGCCUGCCACCUUAUCGAAUCAACAAAAAGAAGAGGUUUGAAGGGCACAAGGUUGAAGGAUUUGCAGUAGGCUGUGAGUUUUCACCCGAUGGAACACUUCUUGUGACAGGGAGCUCAGAUGGCAAAGUAUUUUUCUACAACUAUCGCACAGCUCAAAUUCUCCAUGUCAUGUCAGCACAUAGUCAAGCCUGUGUGAAUGCAGCCUACCAUCCAGUCCUUCCAUCACUCCUUGCCACCUGUGCCUGGGAUGGGGUAAUCAAGAUCUGGCAAUAAUAGGAAUAAUUAGAUAGCCAACUGGCUUUCCAACUUUGUAAAUAUAUCUUUUUCUUGUAGUUUCAUUUCUUAGAACUUCAUGUUUUGUAUAGUGGUACACCAAACCAGUGCUUCUCAUCCUCAGGAAUUGUAUGAUGUGUGGACCUCAAAUCCCAGAAUC